AUUUGAACUUGGUGCUGCCAAUCGAACGCAACCGCAUCUUCACCCUCAAGCACUGCACUUUUCUGAUCUGUCGUCAGGCUUGUUAACUUGUCAUCAUGGCCAAACACCCCCUUGAUCCCCUUUCGGUCAACGAAGUGCGUCAAGCGUCCCGCAUCCUGUCAAAAAGACUGAGCCUGCAGAGAGACCAGAUCAGGUUCAAAGUAAUCGAUCUCGCCGAGCCUUCGAAAGAUGAGACCUUGGUUUACCUCCUGGAACGCGGCCCUGUGCCCGAUCGCAGAGCUAGGAUCUACUAUCAACAGAAGCAAAAGGAGUUUAUGAGCAGAGGAAUCAUCAACAUAACCAGCGGAAUCCUCGAGAAGACCGAAAACCUUCCUGACGCCCAGGGACCAGUGGACUGGGUUGAAUACGACCUCGUUACCACCGCUUGCAACGUCCAUCCAGAUGUCUUGGCCGAGGUCGCUAAGCUAAAGGUCCCCGAGGGAGCACGAGUGCUCAAUGACCCUUGGGCUUACGGAACUGACGAUGCCGAAGAGAGACGCCGUCUCUUCCAAUGUUACAUGUAUCUUGCCCUCAACGACGACGACGAGGCCAACCACUACUCUAUCCCACUCCCGCUUGCUCCUAUCUUCGAUGCCCAAACUCUUGAGCUAGUUGAGCUGCAAAAGCUUCCUUUGGGGAUCGAUGAUGGAAUCGAUGAUGAAACACAACCCUGGAUACCUGUCAAGCCAGUUGAGUACAGCGCAAAUAUUCUCGGAUCCGACGUAUUUAGAAAAGACCUAAAAGCACUACAAGUCGCCCAACCAGAAGGGCCUUCAUUUGACACUAAUAACCGUACGGUAUCAUGGCAGAAAUGGCAGUUUCAACUCGGUUGGUCUCUGCGUGAGGGUCCUAUUCUGCACGACGUACGUUACGAAGGCCGGCCUCUGUUUUACCGAGUAUCGAUGAGUGAGAUGACGGUACCUUACGGCGAUCCUCGAACCCCUUACCACCGGAAGCAAGCGUUCGACCUCGGCGACUCCGGCUUCGGUCUCACUUCCAAUAGCUUGUCUCUCGGCUGUGACUGCUUAGGCCACAUUGCCUACUUUGAUGGCGUUCGAGUUUCAGCAACAGGAGAACCUGUUGUUAUGCCGAACGUUGUCUGCAUGCACGAGAUCGAUGAUGGAAUUGGCUGGAAACACACAAACUUUCGCAACAUGAAGUCUUCCGUGGUCCGGGACCGAAAGCUCGUUAUCCAAUGCACUUCCACUGUAGCCAACUACGAAUACAUCUUGGCAUAUGUUCUGGACCAAGCUGCGAAUAUUCACAUCGAGGUGCGAGCAACCGGAAUUGUCUCCACUAUGCCAAUCCGCCCCGACCUCAAGAUGUCGCCUUGGGGAACUGUUGUGGCACCCGGAGUGUUGGCUGUCAACCAUCAACAUCUUUUCUGUGUCCGAAUAGAUCCGAUCCUUGAUGAAGCACGAAAGAACACAAUUGUACACGAGGACUGUAUUCCUGUACGAGAGGAUCCAGAAGUCGACCCCUACGGCUGUGCGUUCCGACUUGAAACCACACCUAUUGUUUCACCAGGCGGUUACGAUCUCGAUAUAACAAAAGCUCGCACCUACAAAAUUGUCAAUCCGGCUCGCAGGAAUGAGGUAUCGGGAAAGCUGGCUGGGUACAAGCUUCAUGCUUCGCCUAGCCAGAUGCUGAUGAUGGGGCCCGAGACUUUCAAUCAUCGGCGCGGAAUCUUUGCGUCCAAGCCAAUUUGGGUUACUCGGUACCGCGAUGACGAACUUUGGGCUGCUGGAGAGUUUACGAAUCAAAGCCGAAAGGAUACCGGCCUCGCAGAGUAUGCUGCACGAGCGGAAAGUGUUGAGGCUGAAGAUGUUGUUCUGUGGCAUUCGUUUGGUCUGACACACGUCACACGCCCCGAAGGUACGAGGUGAUUCUUCCUAUGCUCCUGACGAAGAAGAAACUUACCGUGCUUGGAAUCUCUUAGACUUUCCUGUUAUGCCCGCGGAAAAGUUGUCAUGCAUCUUGAAGCCAACGAGUUUCUUCGACUUCAACCCUUCCAACGACGUUCCGAGAUCCAACCAACGUGACAAUCAAUCGACGCUUCAUAAUCAGAAUUCGGCGACUUCUGAAUGUUGUCAAUAUUCAAAAGCGCCACGUCUGUAGGAUGUCUAUGGGGGCCAAAUGACUAUUUGAAGUAUUGGAUGUAGAUACUGGUAGAGGACCAUUCACGUAGUCGUCUAUUUUUACUAGUUUACCAUAUUCAAGUAUCUGUGGACGCCCCU